CAUGGGUUGGUCUCGGGAUUUGUUCCGCAGCUUGUGGAGAGCGCUGUCAAAGGAAGUGAGGGAGCACGUGGGCACAGACCAGCUGGGGAACAAAUACUACUGUGUUCCGGAAUACAAGAACUGGAGAGGACAAACUAUUCGAGAGAAAAGACUUGUAGAAGCAGCAAAUAAAAAAGAAGUAAACUAUGAAGUAGGGGAUAUCCCAACAGAAUGGGAAGCUUGGAUUAGAAGAACAAGAAAGACUCCACCUACUAUGGAGGAAAUACUAAAGAAUGAAAAAUACAGAGAAGAAAUAAAAAUAACAAGCAAAGAUUAUCAUGAAAAGGAAAAAUGCCUUAGUAAAGAGACCAAGGAACUCUUGGCUCCACCAGUUCAAACUCAAAUUAAAGGUCAUGCCUCUGCUCCAUACUUUGGAAAGGAAGAACCCUCAGAGGCUCCCACCAGCACUGGUAAAACCUUUCAGCCAGGAUCUUGGAUGCCACAAGACGGCAAGAGCCACAAUCAGUGAAUGCACUAUGAUAAAAUAAUUUCAUUUAUGUGGAUGUGACUAUUUUAAUAAUUA